UGAUGCAGAAGCUCAGAGGAGGAGGAGGAGGAGGAGGAGGAGGAGGAGGCUAGGAAGGGGAGGAAAGCAAUGCUAAAUCCAGGAUAUAUCUGAGGGAGCGAGACGGAACAGGGAGGGGGAAUAAAGCCUGGGGGGGUGGGGGCGGGGGCAUCCCAGGAGCAAGCCCCGUGCAAUUUAUUUCUAUAUUUUUGUAAUAUAGCACGUAGCGUCUCUGAAGAAACCGGCCCCCAUGAACAUGUCAGUGUUGACUUUGCAAGAAUACGAAUUUGAAAAGCAAUUCAACGAGAAUGAAGCCAUUCAAUGGAUGCAAGAAAACUGCAUUACCUGGAUUUCAUAGCCACAGCCGGUCAUCCGAGACUCUCAUGAGGGUGGUGACGUGCUCUGAGGAUCCUAUAGAGACUUCCAGGAAAAAAUCAUUCCUGUUCUCAGCUCUGUAUGCUGCCUUCAUAUUUGGUGGUCGGUACCUAAUGAACAAACGGGCAAAGUUUGAACUGAGGAAACCACUAGUUCUCUGGUCACUGAGCCUUGCAGCUUUCAGUAUAUUCGGUGCUCUUCGAACCGGUGCUUAUAUGGUGUACAUUUUGAUGACCAAAGGACUGAAGCCGUCAGUAUGUGACCAGAGCUUUUACAAUGGACCUGUCAGCAAAUUCUGGGCUUAUGCAUUUGUGCUAAGCAAAGCACCCGAAUUAGGAGACACGAUAUUCAUUGUUCUUAGGAAACAGAAGCUCAUCUUCCUACACUGGUACCACCACAUUACUGUGCUGCUGUAUUCUUGGUACUCUUAUAAGGACAUGGUGGCCGGCGGCGGCUGGUUCAUGACUAUGAACUAUGGAGUCCACGCGAUGAUGUACUCUUAUUACGCCCUGCGGGCCGCGGGCUUCCGGGUCUCGCGCAAGUUCGCCAUGUUCAUCACGUUGUCCCAGAUCAGCCAGAUGCUGAUGGGCUGUGUGGUGAACUACCUGGUCUUCUCCUGGAUGCAACAGGGCCAGUGUCCGUCUCACGUUCAGAACAUCAUCUGGUCCUCCCUCAUGUACCUCAGCUACUUCGUGCUCUUCUGCCACUUCUUCUUCGAGGCCUACAUCGGCAAAACGAGGAAAGCGGCGAAGGUCGACUAGGGUUGGAACUGAAGAGGAAGCCACAGCUCAGGGUCAUCAAGAAAAACAGACAAAAUGGCACAAGGAAUUAAUACACAGACACAGGUGCGCGCGCACACACACACACACACAAACACACAUAUGUACAUAUACAUAUAUGCAUAUAUAUAUAUAUACACAUAUGCAUAUGUGUGUGCAGCUAAAAAAUGGGCAGCUUAGGGGUAGCUAGGUUGGUUAACCCAGUAAGUUUUAUGAUCCUUUCAUGGUGAGAACUCACUGAGUUCAACUCCAUCUCAAAGGAACACUGCUGCUGAAAGAUAUCUUCCCUCUUGUACUGUCAACUCUAGGACAAGGAAAAAAGAAAGAAACAGGAAGGAAAGGCAAAGAAGGCCACUAACAUGUCGUGGAGGAAAAAAAAAGGGGAAAUCCUAUUUAAUAAGUGUUCUAUUUCCCUAAGGACCGAAGAAAGACUUUUACUAAAAACAACUUAUUUCUAUAUCCUUUCUAAUCUUUUUCAACAUUAAACUUGAACAAAGAGGAGGAGACAUAGGGCGUGUGUCUGACUCCAGUGCUUUGGCAGAGACGAAAAGCUCCGAGCGUGAAAGUGUCUUGAAGAUCUUCUCUGAAAAGUGGUUAGAAACUACUGCUCUAUGAAUUAGGGGACCGACCGAAUUUCCCGCUGCAUACGAGAAUACAGGUGCGGCUUUGGGGAAAUGGGUGCACACGGAUGAACCUCGAGCAAGCAGAUGGGUGCUGCGAGAAAUUGUUCUUUUAAUGCGAGGAAAAGAAUCCAGUUUCAAAGGAGGAAUCAUUUGUCCAAGUGCAUUUCUGAUGGGAGUCCAGCAAUUUCUACUGUCGAAUAAGAUCUAAAGAGUUCAUCACUACUUCUAUGAUCACCCGAGGCUUUUAAGGGAAAGGCGGAGAGAUGAGGAAAAGGAAAAGCUCCAACAAAACGAUUUCUUUAAAUGAGCCUGUCCUGGAGUAAAAUAAGUAGUCCGGGCGUGAAUCAGGACAGAGAGUGGUGGAGGCUGUGGGGAGAGAAUUGGAGGAAGAGAAGCCGGAAAUCAAGUUCGGUGUACAUCUUUACACGGCUUCAAAAUGAAGCCUUGAAGUACGAUACAUAGUUUAUAUUUUUGUGAGUUUCCAGGAAAAAAUAAAAAUAAAAAACCCUGCAGGACUAUAUUGGAAAAACACUGUGUUUCUGCAUCUUCUAUAUUUGCUUUUCCAAGCAGUGUAGAAAUGUUCAAAAGUGCCCUCUUCUGGCCACGUGGAGAUGCUACGAUUUCCAUUGUGUGGAAAACAAAAUGAAAAUUGAAAUGAUUUUGCUGCGACCCUGAAACCCCAAGUCCCCUACGGCCUUAUCCUCGGUUCUAAAAAUGGCACAGAAUCGCAGCAUCCAAUGGCUUCUUAAGAAGACAUCCCGUCUCAAGUAAGCCUCAGAAAUCCGAAAAGGUAUUCCAUUCUGGAACUCAGAGAAUUAGUUAUUAAGAGCCAUAUUCUUUAAAGGAGAAUUUGUUGACAUUACCUGUGAUAUUUCGGUCCUUAUCGAGCCAGAUCAAUGCGUGAAAGUUCCUAGCGUUUCAAAAAAGCAAUUACGUAAACUCGCUGUUACAUGUGAUCACAUAGAACAACAAAACCGUAUCAGUUAAGUAGUUUUACCAAAUGGUUAGAAAAACUAGAUGAACAGAGUAGGGGCUGCUAUUCUGCAGAGAGCUUUCACAAGAAACAGCACACAUUGAUUCAUCCGUAGGUGACCCAUCCAACACAGCCCAGCUGAAGACCGACACAUUUACCGCUCACACAAAAAAGCUGUCAUUUCUCUUUCUUGCUUUAAUUUGAGAGUGUGCAGUACAAGGGAUUUUUCAAAUUAUUUUUGUAUUAUUUUAGCUUUAAUUGUGCUGUCAUUCAUGAAGCAGAAGUGUUCUGGUUUUCUGUCAGAGAUGACAAGGGCUUUUUCAGCGUCUCAUUUCCGUGUGUAAUUAAAAAAAGAAUAAAGUUACAUUCCAUUUUGUGUGAAUGGUCUUA